UGGGUGGUGCUUCAAGGGUUAAUUGGACGAUGCCCCAGGGAGUGUGUCUACGUGUUGUGUGUAGAUAACAGCAGCCUCCAAUCAGAGGCUGCCUUCUGGAGGCCGGAGUCCUCUCUCUGGAUCCUAUUGGCAGAGUCAGAAGAUUCUUCACGAGGGCUAGGCGCUACUUUCGAUAAAAACACAAGCAGAAGACUAUCAGCAGAGAUGGGAGGCAGACGAGGACAGCAGCACACUGACACCGGGCUAGGACCAUUGAUGCCCCCCAUGCCAUGUGGCUACGUGAAGGAAAACUGGCUGUGGGAAGCAAAUGAGCGGUGUCCGUCGGUGGAGCUGUGCCAUGGUCGGCAAGAGGUUUAUUUCCACACAGAUCCUGUCCUGGAGAGCUGCGGUACGGCUGGAGUGCGGGGGGAUACAGGUUUCCUACAAGGAGAACAUUACUGGGAGAUCGAAUUCCUGGAACCCCCCUCUGGACUAUCCGUUAUGGUUGGUGUUGGCACCAGCAGAGCCCCACUGUGUGCCGGAAAUUUCCAGUAUGUCAACUUACUGGGCCUGGAUGCAGAGAGCUGGGGUCUGUCCUAUAAAGGCAAAAUCUGGCAUGGAGGCAGCAGCCAGCAAUACGCGGAGCCAUUCUACGAGGAGGGGACGCUGAUCGGCGUGCAUCUCAACAUGGAGGAGGGGACGCUGACGUUUUACAAAGACAGGCAGAGCUUGGGACUUGCCUUCACAGGACUGCACAAGGUGCAGCUGCCACUGUUUCCCAUGGUUUCUUCCACCAGCCCUGGCACAGAGUUAGCCCUGGGAUUACGCUGUGGCACUUUACCAACUCUAGAGGAGCGAUGCCUCAGUACGCUGGCUCGGAAUCUGACACAAAGGGACUCCGCUGAUCUGCUCCCUCUACCAGCAGUUGUCAGAUGGAAGCUGAAAAACUGGAAGAACUGAGAUGUUCCGGGCCACGAACUGCAACGUAAGGAGCUGAUGGUAGAGAAUUUAUGCCAAUAGCACUGAAUGCCCACAGGGUACUGGUGAGAAUAUCCUUGGUUGACUCGUUCUGGAAUAGUUGGUGCCUGCUGGAUACCAGGGCAAAGCCUAUGGAUCACAACGACAGAGCCAAGAAGACUCAGAACAUUCAAAGCGGGGUUCAAGGGAAAUGCUGCCCAUGGAUUGUCUUCUUCCACAACAUGGCAGUGAAGGACACAACGGUCAAUAUCAGUCACCAGGGGAGUACAGCCCAUAGAGGUGACCCCAGAGCUGCCCUUUUCUUCUGCUAGGCAUGGGAAAGAGAGUGUCUUGAGAUGGUGGGGCAUGAUAAAAAGAAAUAACUGUUAACGGCCCUCAGGGUUUGGUGGCCCCUUCAUCUUGGUGUAUGCCACUGGUUGGCUUCAUGAGAUGAUUGAACACCAGGACAUUCCAAGAGAUUUACCUGGAGAUUUUGGUGUGGUCAUCAGAUGCGAAUGACCCAUCCUGGGGAUAGGCCGUCAAUAUUGAAAUGAACUUACUUUUGAUGGAGGGGCACAUUACCAGACCCUUCUAUCAGUUGAAUGAGGAGAGUUAUUCAGUGAAGACCCUUGAUGGACAAGUCUGGUCACACGACCCCCUCAUCUGCAGCCAUGAUGGGACCAAAGUGCAGUAAAUACAAAGGAGCGGACUGUAAACAACGGGGUGCCACUGCUCGGUGGGGGACAUUGGGGUUGAAGCUGUAUAUCCUCUUUACAGCACAUUUGCAAAGGUUGUGCACCAAAUUGGGUUCAGCUUUAAUUGUAGAACCAACCUCUGCAGAUCCUGGUGGGUCCUUCUAUUAACGACUACUUUCCACCUUGGUAAUUGGUCCCAGGGAUUAGGAGACUGGAGAUUAUUAAUAAUGUGCCAUAUAAGCUUGUGACAUUUAUAUCGCUGUACAUUUCUGCACUUGUAUAUUAAAUGUGAUUUUUAAUA